AUGCUGGCGCUCGCGGCGUCGAACGCGCUGCGGAACGCGACGGGACGCGGCGGGUUCGGCGACGGAUUGAGCGCGGGCGGGGACUCGAUCAGCGUGGUGAAGAUACAGGUUGGCCUGUUAGGCUCCGCGCGCGCGUUGCAGAAGGAUUUGGAGCGCAUCGCGGACAAAGCCGACACGUCGUCGCCCGACGGUUUGCACUUUGUGCUGUCGGAGACGGCGCUCGCGCUGUUGCGUAAUCCCGAGUAUUGCGUCUACGGCUACGCCGCCUCCAAGGUGUGUCGCGGUCCGGAACAAGCGGAAGAGACGUUCAACGAUUACUCCAUCGACGAGCGCGGGAAAUUCGAGAAAGAAACCCUCGUCAACGUCAACGCUCGCCGCCGCGCCGAAACCGUCGGCGUCGACCCCGCCGCCGACACCAACGACUACAUCCUCGUCACCAUCAUCGCCGCCGCGGACGGCGGCGUCAAAAUGCCCGACAUCACCGACGCCAACGACUUAAAGACCGCGCUCAAGCGUCUCGGCGCCGUGCGCGUCGAGGCUUUACAAGCCGUCGAAGUCUUAUGGACGCCGCAGGAAGACGGCGACGUCCUCACCCAAACCGAGCUCUUGCGCGACUACCCCAUCCUCGUCAACUUGUGA